GCAACGAUGUGACAGUCGGCUAUUAAAUAUAAACAGAAAGGAGGUGUCGUCAAGGAUGUUUGGUAGAUCGUGUGAUCAACAAGAACGCUAUAUUAUGCUGAUAUAACUAGAUAUCGAGCGAUCAAAUGGGAGUAGUAUAUAACUAUAUAUAUAGAUAGUCCAGGCAAAUAGUUAUAUCGCACUGACGCAUUAUCACACUUCUUUGAUAAACGACGAUGCCAGAUUGGGCGAAAUUAGCGGACAAGGGUAAAGAGUACAGCAAUAAAGGUAUAGACAAGGGAAAGAAAGCUUAUCAAAACUCUAAAUCAGCGCCAACGAAUAAAGCGUCGCCAUUUGAGCCACCGAAGCAGAUAGUAUCAUUAGAUCAUCAGCCAGCGCGUAACACAGCCCCAAAAAUUGAUUUUGCACCACCACCACUGCGUCCGGAUAGUGCGAGAUCAUCAUCGACUAAUCCUGGGAUAGGAGGAUCUUCUAAUAACCAAACAAGAGGCUUACCUCCUAGAGGCAGUGCACCACCUCAGCCUGGCUUUAGAGGCAGAGCGAGUGCGCAGGUGAACCCACGUUUACCUAUGAGAGAGGAUCUACCACAGUACCCUGGACAGCCUUCCAAUAUAUUCAAAGAGAACAAAGAGCAAUUCUUCUCAUUCUUGGAUGAUUACUUUGCUAAGAAUCCACCUAGACAAUCUGACGAACCUGAAAUACCAAAACACACAAGACCUGCUUUUUGAUUAAGACUUUGUACUAAAAUUUAUAUGAC